CGCGGGCGGCCGCCUCGGGGCGGGACGGGGCGCGUCAGGCACGCGCGAGGGCAGCCCCGGCGCCUGUCCCAGAAGCCCCCGCGCCGCCGGGGUCCUCGCAGCCCGCCGGACCUUCCGCCGCACGUGUCUGCAGCGCGAUGCCCAAGUCCAAGCGGGACCAGAAAGUGUCCCUCACCAAGACUGCCAAGAAGGGCCUGGAACUGAAACAGAACCUGAUAGAAGAGUUGCAGGGGACUUAGCAGGUGUGCCUGCCCCCUGGACUCCAGUGCCCCCUGAAUUGUCUCACAGCUUCGGAAAUGUGUGGACACCUACAAGUACCUUUUCAUCUUCUCCGUGGCCAACAUGAGGAACAGCAAACUGAAGGACAUCCGCAAUGCCUGGAAGCACAGCCGAAUGUUCUUUGGCAAAAACAAAGUGAUGAUGGUGGCCUUGGGUCGAAGCCCAGCUGACGAGUACAAAGACAACCUGCACCAGGUCAGCAAGAAAUUGAGAGGGGAAGUUGGUCUCCUUUUCACCAAUCGAACCAAAGAGGAAGUGAACGAGUGGUUCACAAAAUUCUCCGAAAUGGACUAUGCCCGGGCCGGAAACAAAGCCACUUUCACCGUGAGCCUGGACCCAGGGCCACUGGAGCAGUUCCCGCACUCCAUGGAGCCACAGCUCAGGCAGCUGGGCCUGCCCACUGCCCUCAAGAGAGGUGUGGUGACCCUGCUCUCCGACUAUGAGGUGUGCAAGGAGGGCGACGUGCUGACCCCCGAGCAGGCCCGAGUCCUGAAGCUUUUCGGGUACGAGAUGGCAGAGUUCAAGGUGACUGUACAGUACAUGUGGGAUGCGGAAUCGGGGCGGUUCCAGCAGAUGGGAGAAGAGGACGAGCUGCCAGAGAGCGCGCCCGAGUCUGCAGAUGAGUCAGAGGACGAAGACGACAGCUGAUGUGCGCUGGAGCUUCUGUGCUCCUGUGGAUGGGACUGUGCCCACCUGUGUCUGAGGCACGGCAGGACGUUAGGGACAGACUUGCUCUCAAAGAUGAAACCUCAUGAGCAGGGUUCUCCCUGCAGGCUGCACACGGACUUUCUCAGAAAAGAACUAGCCUUUCUUUUGUGUGAUCUCGGGGCUCUCCAUACACAAACCUCCCACUUAGCGCUCCAGCCCCUUGGGCAGGCCAGGCCCAGCCACCUUCACACAGGCAUGCCCGGGCAUACCCUCUGCUGGGGGUGCUCAGCCUCUGAGCACACCCCCCACCCCAUCCCAGUGCGGACUGCAGCAUUUUGCAAAAGCUUAGGGGAACAACUCAAGUGCCCAUCAGUGACUGGAAAAAGAUGUGACAAGUAAUAGACAAAUUUAUAAAGCAAUCACAAAAUAACCCAAAGCAAGAAAACCUCGGGCAGUAGUAGACAAAGGUGGGGUGCUUUGUCUUGUACGUGUCCACCCCAGACUUGAUCCCUGACACUGACACUUACGUGAUCCCUUGAGCCUGCCAGGACUAAGCCCUGAUGAUAGCCAGAUACAGUCCCAAAACCCAACAGUAAGUCUAAGAGAUCUAACUGCUGGGUUACAUGGUAACUUUUUGUGUGUGUGUAUGUGGGCUUUGGGCCACACUUGACAGGGUGUGGAGCUUAUGCCUGGCUCUGCGCAUGGAUCACUCCUGGUAGUGCUUGGGGAACCAUGUGCAGUUAUAGGGAUCAAACCAGGACUGGCUUCGUGCAAGCCAUUGUCUGUUAAUUUCGAGUUCUCUCUGGCCUGUUGGAUCUUUUGAGGAGCUGACAGCUUACUUUCCAGAGCAGUUGCAUCAUUUUACAUUCUGCCACUUCAGUGUAUGAACUUUCAGUUUUUCCAAGUUGUUUUUUUUUUUUAAUCUGUCCUGAUAGGUAUGAAGUAGCCUUUGUUGUGGUUUGGAUUUACUUUUCUCUGAUGGAUAAUAUAUUCAACAGUUGUUUUGUUCUUGG